ACUGGAUUUUUACAUAUGAGUGUGGCAAACCGUAACAAACUUCCAGAUGUAUUCCUUUGACGUUCCCUUUUCUAAACGACUUGUGCAAUGUAUUUGUGCCAUCACUUGGUGUUUGUUCUCUGGGGGUCCUAUUUUUGGGUUUGCAGCCCUUAAACCUGUGCUUAUCAAUGAACGUGUGUAUGAAUAUUUGUGUGAUGAAACUACCCAUUUAGUAAUUGAAGGGAAAGAAGUUGUAUCCAAAUGUACCGACCAAGACUUGAAAUUGAAUAUGAUGUUCACUGUUGGCGCUGUGGUUACCAAUGUUUCUGCCUUGUUAAUUGGAAGAGUGUUGGACGUGUACGGCCCUAGGGUUUGUGGGUUAGUCGGAGCUGGGUUCCUUUACUUGGCUUGUUUCAUUUUUAUUUUUGCUAAAUCAUUACCUGCGUGGUUUGAUCCAUAUUUGUUUGGUUAUGCGGCCUUGGCAUUGGGUGGUCCAUUUGCCUAUAUUUCGUCAUUUCAAUUGUCAAACUCAUUCCCAGAAAAAAGUGGGACUAUUUUGGCGUUGAUUACUGGGGCAUUUGAUGCUUCAUCGGCGUUGUUUUUGAUUUAUCGUAUUCUUUAUAAUAGUUCUGGUGCUAGCUUCACUUUGGAACUGUUUUUCACAUUGUAUUUACUUGUACCUACAUUCAUCACCGUUGUUGAAUUUUUAGUCAUGCCUGCCGAGUCAUACCAAACCAGUCCAGACAGCGUAUUGUGUGUUAAUGAUGAAGAAAACGUGUCACAUCUUUCUCCAGUAAACUCUGCUGGACAUCCGCAACAUUCUCUUAGUUCUGGACAAGAAAUCAGAGAAACGUCGCCAUUGCUUGCAUCUAGUCACCACCGUCAUGACUCUAUUGGAGAUGCGUUGAAACAACCUUAUGAACUUGAAGGAGAAGAAUUCUUGAUGGAACACACUGGUGGAGUAUUUGGAAUCUUACAUGGAUACACAGCUCUGGCACAAAUCUACACUUGGUGGUUUGGUUUGAUUUGUAUCUUUUCCACUAUUCAAAUGUUGAGGUUGAAUUAUUUUGUGGCUACGAUAAACACGCAAUACCAAUACAUUUUUGGGUCAAUUGAAAAGGCUGAAAAUCUUAAUUCGUUCUUUGAUAUUGCCUUGCCACUUGGUGGGCUUAUAAGUAUCCCCUUUAUAGGUUUAUUCUUGGACAAUUUUUCUACUGUGAUUGUUUUAACCGGUUUGCUUGCAAUAUCACUUGCAAUUGGGAUUUUGGGGUUUGUUUCCAAUUAUGCAUUGGCAGUUAUUGGCGUGUGUAUGUUUGUUGCCUACCGGCCUUUAUUUUAUACUACAAUUUCCGAUUUCUGUGCCAAAGUAUUUGGAUUUGAAACAUUUGGUACUGUUUAUGGAACCAUCAUUAUGCUUAGUGGUAUUUUCAAUUUCAGUCAAUCUUGGUUAGAUAAAUUGACCCAUACUACAUUUAGAAUGAACCCAUUACCAGUAAAUGUGGCAUUAGUAGUUGUCACUGCGAUUUCAGGUGUGAUUACAGUGGUUUAUGUUCAUGACCAGGCAAAGAAGUUUAACGCUUCCAAGAAGGUGCCUGUUAGAGGUUAAGUAGAUAGAUAUUUUUGUACAUUGUUUAAAAUAGACGUUUAUUGUUUAC